AUGCAGAUUACAUUCCUUGGCCGCAAGAUCUUCUUAAAUUCGAUAAGCGCGACCGCUUUCAUGAAUUUCUUGACUGACACCGCGUCACCGAAUGAUCGAAACCCGACAGCGAUCAGUGCUAUGAACGAGAUCACCCUCACCAAGCGCAAGGAGAUUCCCUGCAAGUUCUUCAACGAGGGUUACUGCUGGCGGGCCGCCAGAUGUCACUUCAAGCAUGCAUCCAGCGCAGGCUCAGCGCCAGACAAGCUCGAAGACUGGUCAUCAGAGUUCACUUUAGCGGGGCCAAGCGGAUCAGCGGCGCGAUCGGCGGAAGAGGAGCAAGACGCCUGCGUGAUCUGUCUCGAAGUGCCAAGUCAGAGCUAUGGCCUGCUGGAGGCCUGCUCGCACUGCUACUGCCUCGGCUGCAUUCGCAAGUGGCGUGAUCGUAAGGACAAAGAAAUUAGCGCAGACGGCGUGCGCAAGACCUGCUGCGUCUGCCGCAAUCGCAGCCAUUACAUCAUCCCAUGCCACCGCUUCCUUGCUCAAGGGCCAGAGAAGGAAGCUGUCGUCAAAGGCUACCUCGACAAGUGUGCUGCGACGAAGUGCCGAUAUUUUGAAGCGAGUGAUCAUACUGAAUGCCCCUAUGGCAUAUCGUGUCACUACAAGCACGAGACGGCGGACGGCAAGGUCUACGAAGGCUUCACGCAUACAUUCGAGGACACCCAAGAGCUACGACAGGCCAGGCGACAGGCUCGCAGCGCUCGCAGUGCCAGGCGGCGCAACGGCAGCUUACCAUCACGCAAUAUGCUUAGGCCCGGCGAGCGGCUCCUCUUCGCCACUGACGAGGAGAUGCGAGCGCAUUUGUUUGACGAAUUCGCCCUAGCCGUGCUGGACGACUAUCUGGCUGAAGAUGAAGAUGAUGAGGACGAGUACGACGACGACGACGACGACGACGAUGAUGAUGAUGAUGCUCACCAAUAUCGCGAUAGAGACUGA